AUUGUUGUCACAGUGUUUUUGCUCUAAAGCCAUUGUCGGUCUUUCUAAGUGGCAUUUAGAGGCUUUAUAGGACUUUGGGAAUCAGAGAUGUUACUGCCAUUACCAGCCAGGAUGAUAUGGAAUCUGACAGACGAGCGGCAGAGGAUUUGACAACAACAGGUCAGUCUGUUAGACAGCAGAUUGGUUGUUUGUUUUUGUAUCCAUGACUGCUUAAUGUGUGAGAAAACUUUACCUCUUAUUUUUUGCUGUAAAGUCAUAGUUUAAGGAAAGAGUUUUGCUUGUCUAUUAAGGUUUUUUCAACCCCAUCCACGUUUGGUUGCUCAUGUUGAAUUUAACAUCUAAGAAUACAGUGUUGCAGUAAGAUUACAACACCCCGGCCAAUGUGUUUUUAGCACCUAAAGAUUAGCAGUCUUAAGUUAGAAUGCUACCUUUCCCAAAGAGAUUGGCAGGCAAGGCAAAGACAGAAAAUUCACGCCAGAGAAACCCAGUAAGAAGGACAACAUGUCUGCUAUUUCGUUUGCUGUCUCAGACUGGAGAAAGCCAGGCAGAAACCCACUUAAGAGGGAUUUGGUGGAAUUACCUGACAGGUCAGAGAGUGUGUGUUUGACUUUUUAUACGUUGGAAGAGGGUCUUAACCGUGUGGUGACUCUUAAGACGUGUUGGCAUCAGGGCACAGAGUAAAGCUGAGUCCAGACCACACAUCCAUACUGUUUAGGGAAGAGGAUGACUGUGUUUAAUUACCUCUGGUUGUUUUCUGUCUCCUCACUUAGAUAGAUCUGGUUCCUUAGGUCUGACUGAGCCCAGGAAUGGCCGUCAUUCAACUGAAAUGGGAUUUGUUACAGGCCAAAGCUUUAGUCUGCGCACUGCAGUUGUUCCUGUGUCUGGGCAAAUCAACAGGUACAGACACAUCAUAAACUCUAUGUUCACACCAGAGAGCAGCUUUUGGCCAGAAUAAAUGCAUAUCUUGUACCCUGAAUAAUAAGUGUUGUCUUACAGGAAUGUCAGGAUGGGGUGGAUGUUUAGAUGGUCAGGAUGUAUUCGCCUCAGUCAGAGAGAACAGCCAUUGGGGAGAGGUUGUCACCGAGCUCAUGGCUGACACCAGGAUGGAGGGGGUUCACUGGAGGCUGGACGGAAAGGAUGCUGAUUGGUUCUUCUUGGACGAAAGAUAUAUCCGGCUCAACACAUCAGCUGACAAGAUCUUGGACAGGGAGGUAAAGAGACAACUGAAACACUGACCUGUGUGUCGGCCCUUUCCAAUUAUCAGGGCUUUGAAUACAAUGCAAGGAUUACGGAUUGAAAUCCCAUUAUGUUGAGUUCGGGCGAAUGCUUGUGAUUAUGUGGGGGUGCACUGAAGAAGUCAAGUCCAAGUUUAGGACACACUAUCAGAGACUCAACCACUGCAACCUGUUCUUGGACUGGACACAAUCUCUCUCUCCCUCAUCUUCUCCCCCUGCCAGCUGUCUUUCAUCGCGGCAGCUGUUCCAGGGUCAACAAGAUUAGCAAUCUCUCUCUCUCUCUCUGUCUGUCUCUAGGUCCCUCUACCUCUGUAACCCAGUCUUUGAUAAUACCCGGACUUAAAAUUAUUUAUUUAUCUUAAAAGUUGACAUACUACAGUUUUGGUUGCAUACUAGGGUGUUGCAAAAAGGGUUUGCAUUGCAGGACAUUUUGCUUUGUUUCAUUCAUACUGUAUCUAAAAUGCACCUAGAAACAAUGAAGGGAUUUAACCCAGUCUCUUUGUGCCUCACUUGUACAGUACUUAACUCUCAAGUAAGCUAGUUAAACAUGCCCUCAUUCACUUUGUGCCAUGCCUUUAAAGUAUGACUCUCUGCUUGGCAUAAUAUUAGGUUUUCUACCCCACUUGCUUUUAAUGUGGAACCCGGCAUUAAAAGGUCAUUGUUCUUUAUCAAACCUUCGACAGGAGCCUGUAAACAAAAAAUACUUAGAUAUCACGAGUAACACUGUAAACAAACUUUUUCAUGUCAUACAGAUUAGAGUUUUAUUUCUGCCUCUUUUUACCGAAUGUGUUUGUGUCUCUGUUGUCCAAUCUCACAGGUCCAGGGUCCUUUUUUGACAGCUGAGUUGUCAUGUUAUGAGGAGGAAAUAUUCCAGGUACAUGUCAUCUCCUCAUCUUAUAACUCUCUAAUGUGUUAUUUUGAAUUCAAAUCAUUUCAUGUGUGUGUCUUUUUAUUGCUGCUGCUCUAGAGCGUGUACAGAAUCAUGGUGGAGGUUCUCAAUGAGAACGAUAAUGCCCCUAUAUUUAAAGCAAACACCGUCCGCUCUCUUACUGUCAGUGAGGUAAGAAACAGCCAGGAACACAUGCACACAAACCUUUAUAUGAAUACUCAAAAUGCAUAAAAUUACGUUUCCAAAGUGUUUCUCUAUCUGUGUGUUUUACAGCUGUCUCCGGUGGACUCUGUGGUCUUUACGGUUCUGGCGACGGACGCAGAUAAUGACAAGAUCUUUUACACCAUUGACCAGACAUCAGUGAGUUUCACUAAUUUAAUCUGAACACAAAUAAAGAGUCAAAAACAAAACCAUGCAAAAUGUGCUUGUGUUUAUGUUACAGCCUGAUGCGGAUUACUUCAAGAUCAUCCUCCCUAAUAGUGGAGAGGUGGUCCUCUCAAAACCUCUAGACUAUGAGACCAAAACUUCGCUCAGUGUCACCAUCCACGCCUCGGUAAGCCAAGUACGACAAUUUCUUUUGAAUUGUACCCAGACAUGAUCAUUUCUAAAUUUUCAACUCUAUACUUAAAAUAAUGUUUGACCUACCGCACAUAAUGUUCCUUGAAAACAUCUUAACUCAGGAAAUGACCACUGCUGAGCGUUUCAAUACCAGCACCAACAUCACUCUCUUCAUUCUGGACGGGGAUGACCAGUACCCACAGUUCCUGCCAUGCAUGCUUUUUCUCCAGAAUGAAACCAACCGUAUCUGUGGCAGUCCUGUCUAUACUGUCAAUGUCACAGAGGGGGAAGAGGUCAGUUGACAAACUACAAUCAAAUUACCAGUGUAAAACUGUUAUAUCUACAUUUUUUGUCAAUUCAAUACCAACUGACUUUACUUAUAAAAAAACAAAAAGUUUUGUUGAAUGUCUGCAAAAGCUUGUACCUGUUUACACCUUCCAAAGCAAAAACCAGAGUGAAACUGUUGAUGAGUUGUUCUCUUACAGAAAACUGAAUUCACAUGUACAGGACAAAAUCAACAAAGAGAUGAAAGAGACACAUUUGUUCAUACUGUCAAGAACAAAAAGUUCUUACUGGUGUUUAAGGGCCUGUGUCCACUGACAAUGUUAUUGGAAAGUGCAAAACGACCGCAAUUUCAAAGUGCUUCUUUGACUUUCCACACUUUAUGUUGCUGGGUUAUAAAAAUUGUCUCACAGCACUUCUACUCUACUUAGCAACCAUAAAAUCUGUUUCAAUUUACUCUGCGAAAAGAACAUUUCAACAAAGAGAGAGAGAGAAGAAAAUAAUUUCCAAGUACAGAGUUGCUGAUAUUACUGGGACCUGACUCUUUGCCAAUGUACCAAAUAUUAUGCAUGCAAUCAGGACUGCAGCAUCUGUACAUGUGGAGCCUGCUAUACAUCUGAGCUUAACUGGCACAUAGUUGAAAAUGGAUUUCGGGAGCCCCACCCAUUCUUGACUUUGAAAUCAGAGCGUUAGUGGGCACAGGCCCUUAGGGUUGAAAACUAACACUUUAUGGACAGCUUUGUGUUCAUCAUCCUACAUUUCUGUCCUAAAAUUAGAAAUUUUUUGAUGAAUUUCCUUUGAGAUCAACAUGGGUCUGGUUUUUAAUUACUUUUUGAUGUUUUAGGACAUUUUCCUCCAGUUCUCUCCUGGUCCUGUUCAUGCAGUGGAUGGAGACAGAGGACUUAACUCUCCAGUCAGCUAUGCCAUUGUCUCAGGUAUAACACAAGCUGGGACAAGAUGACAGGUGAAAUGCAGUGUGGAUAUAAUACCUCACCUUUUACUGUGUUUUUGUCUAUACUAGGAGAUGAUGAGGGACGUUUCCUGAUAAACACAGAGACAGGGGAAAUGAGACUUGUUCAUGGGGUGAUGGACAGACUCGUAACUCCAUUGGUGCACCUACAGGUCAUGGUAAGACUCAAAUACUCAAUGUUAACAGCAGCUUUAAAAUCUAUCCUCUGUUUCUGUUAAAUAUUAAUCUUCUUCUGUUUUGCACUCAGGCCUAUCAGCGUGAUGACCCCAGGAAGUAUUCUGUGGCUACUGUGUUGAUCCGAUUCGUGGCUGUGAACCGGUUUCUUCCAGAGUUUGAAAUGUCUGAAUAUCAAGGCUUUGUUGCAGGAGGAAGAAGUCCUGUUUCUCUUGUUAACACCUAUGGCAGCAGAGCAUUGAUGUUACAUGUUCAAGAUCAAGAUUUUAGCCAUGUAUGCACUUCACAAACACAUGACAUACACCCCAAUGCUAAUGUUAUUGCAUGUGAUUGACACUGUUACCCAUUACUUCCUUUUCCUCUGCAAAUUGACAGGGUUUCAAUCCCAUGAUCUACUACACCUUCAGUCCUACAUCCAAUCAUACAGACAUCUACAGAAUCACGCAGGAGGGUCUUUUGAUCGCCUGGACUGAUCAUCUUCAACCACAACAGAAGUAUAUACUAGAGGUGAGGCUUAGUGAAAACUAGAUUCCUUUUGACAUUUUAGCAAUCUUGAAUAUUUUGUUCUCAAUGAAAAGUCCACAAAUGUUUUAAGGAAAAACACUAAAGAUGAGAAACUGCGCACUUUGGAAAUUUGACAUUAUGUCAGCUCAAUUGUCUGGACAGUUUUCCUAUUGGAUGAAAACUUUUUUAAAGCUCCCGUGAGUUUUUUUUUAAUUUUUUUUAACAUGAAUGAAAUAGGCUGAAAAUCAUCUUGACGCCUUUCAAUGAUAUACAAAAUCAAACAGGGGACCAGACUGAAGAUUUUAAUAUCCUCAACUGUAAUGUCUGAAAUUGGUGCAAUGACGGUAGAUUCAAGCCUUGCAGCUGUUUUUACAAUUUCCACUAAAAAUAGUCACAGUACAUACUUAAUUUUACAGUCAAAAGUCAGCAGGAUGAGUUAACUUGUCAUACAUAACUACUCAAGAGAAGACUGCUUUGUCCACAAGGAGCGCCAAAAUUGACACAAACCAAAAGUUUCUCAAAGGAUCUUUAAAUUUAAAACUAAUGGUAAUGGUACAAUAAAAAUUGCAAUUAUGUUUCAGGUCAUGGCUAUUGACCAGGAGUCAGGUGAUGCCACUGUUGCCAAUGUAAAGGUGAAGGUGUUAGCUGAUGGACAACCAAGUAAGAGCAUACAUUCACAUACUCACAUUAACCAGGGAUAAAUGAUGAGCCAGCAGAUUGAAUGAACAUCUCUGUGUUUCUGUGUCUACCCCCCAGUCCCCUAUGGUGCACUGGUUGACGAGCGUCUGACGGGCUGCACUGUGGGUAAAGCGCUGUUACUGAGCAUGGCGUUUAUGUCUGUGCUUGGAACUUUCCUGUAUUUGGUGAUAUGGUUGAGAAGGAGACACAAGGGCCAGAUGGACCCAUUGGAGAGAGGCUGUGUAGCUCAGGGAAAACACCCCAACGUGGUAAGAUCUUUAAUCUUACAACAUGAAUAAGCAUUUAUAUUACAUUCAUCAGUGAUUUCUGAAUAUUAUCUCUUCAUUAAUCCCUCAGAGUUUACGCUGGUUCCAAUUGGUAAGUCAUGUAUUCACUACUGAGGCUAAUAUUCGUCCUCGUCCUUGUCUUGUUUGUUCUUUUGACUAUUAAAAUCUGUACAGCAGUCUGUUGUCUUACUUGGUGGAUUGAGUUUCUCAGUUAAACAUCACCUGUUAACAGCUAAAUCAUCCGCCCAACAAAUGUCGACUCUAUCCACCAACAAAGGCCACAAGAUAUGGUCAGAAGCCUUGUAAGUAACAAACAAGUAGGACCUUGUAAUUGUAAAGAAAUUACUCAGUCCUUGUCACCAAGGUUAGACUACCUUGUUCUGGGUUGACCUGAAAGUUUCAAUGAUCCAUCACAGCAAACUCUGAUCACCUGUUUGCUUCUGUGCCUCCUCUUGAUAAUUAUAAAGUUUUUUCUUUUUAAAUGUUGACCCCAUGACUGUGGUUGCUCCACAGUUGAGUCACCGUAGCUCCAUGCAGCAAAUGGAGGAAGAACCCUACACCAAUGAAGAGUUAGGGACCUGCAAUCCUUCCUUCAGUUUCCCAGACAACCCCAGCAUCUAUACUCAGCAAGACCCUCCCUCCUGCCAAGGAGCUGCUUCAACCGGAACAACUGCUGCAUCAGACUCCAGCUUCAUCCCCAUUGAACCUGUGCUUAGCCCUGUGAUCUUCAAUAAUAUUGUUUCUUCACCAGCCAAAAGCUCCUCCAGUUCACCCACCUUUCAUCUAGCAAUUGCGGAUGUGAGCCCCAUUCUCUUGACUCGAGAAGUGGCUGCAUCCAAAGAAAACCUUGUACCAGCAACAGAUGCUUCACCUGAACCUCCCGAGGAGCUACUUAGUGCCAGGCCUAGCUCUGCGACACGCGAUGCCACCAGUACUUCCCCUUUCACUGUUCCUAGUUCACAAAAAACGCAAACAAAAUCUAACGACCCUGUAACCAGCCCUUCCUCUCAGUCCAGCAUUCCUUACAGUCAUGCACGACUUGCUACUGCAGAAAUAGACAAACCCAUCUGUAAACCUCGUGUGAAGACACCACCGUACUCACCUCUGCUGUCCUCACCCCUUCCUAAGAAGACAAGCACCCCCCCUCCAACCCCUGAGCUUGCACCUGUAAAAGCCAAACUGGUACAUGUAGAUUCCAGUCCCCUUUACACACCUCCAGUAACACCAGAGCAAACAAGUUUGAGUCAGAGCAUGGAAGUUAAUGAACCCUGUACGUCACUUGAUACGCCAGAGCAUCAUGCUGGGGCGACAAAUGUUGACAAUCCAUGUGAGGACAGAAGGCCGUCCAUUAACUCACAAAACAUGCAGGUCAGCCGCCAAGUAGGGGAGGAGGACGACGAUGGUUUUCUGGGAGAUGAAGAUGGCGACAAAAACAGUGAUGGUGAGGAUGAGUUAGAGCCAGACGAAGAAGAGCUGCUGAGAGUGAUGGCUCGUUGUAAUCCAAUUUUUAUCACGUUUAGUAAGUGAUGUCACUAUGAUAUCGCAGGCACUGAGAGCAACGCAGUGGAUACCAGAAUGGAGGAAAUAUUGUGAAGAUGGAUGACACAGACAGCGGAAACUGCAAGAGAGAAACACCAGAGGUUCUUCUGUACUGUAGGUACCUCUGAGACAAGUAAGAGGACAGAGUAUGAACACAAGAGAUGCAACACAUGGACUACAGAGGAGAAGACAAGCAUGCUGUAUAUACACAUGGUGUAUAAUGUACAUGAUUUUACCAACACGUGUAAUAAUGUUCCAUUUUUAACAUAUAGUAAAUCUAGAAGAGAGGGGUUAAGUCACCAUGAAUGCACUGGUUAAAAAGUACCUGUGAAAUCAUAAAUAUAUUUUUCAGGGUACAAACACACUAACCCAGGUACGAGUAGAACAAUCUAAAAGGAUUUUGAUAUGAUAAGGAUAUGAGUCAGAUAUCAUGUCUGCAAAUGUUUACGAGUAAUGCAACAGUGUUGGGAUUUUUUUUUAAAGGAAAUCCACAUAAAAUCACAGAGUAGAAAACUGCUUUAAAAGAACCAAAAAGGAGAUCAGACCGUCAGUCAGCAGCAGUUUAGUGCCUAGUAAGGG